GUAAUCUGCAGUGUUGAGUGUUGACACGUACACUGAAAUCCACCACAAACACAAAACACCCAUCUUAAAAACCCCCCUCCCUUUCUCUUCUUCGAUCAAAUCAUCUCUCAGUGUCUCACCCACAAGACCAACUGCUUCUUUUAGAGCUCCAACAAUGACAUCUGCUUUACAGGCUAUUCUUUCUGCCAAUACUUUCCCUUCCUCAAACUUAUUCUUCUCCCCCAAACACAAACACAAACCCGUUAAAAAUUUCAACCAGUUCGCCGUCCGAGCUUCCUCUGAUGACUCUGAUUGUAAUGAAGAAGAAUGCGCUCCUGAUAAGGAGGUGGGGAAGGUGAGCAUGGAAUGGGUAGCUGGCGAAAAGACCAAAGUGGUGGGAACAUUUCCACCGCGGAAACGGGGUUGGACCGGUUAUGUUGAGAAGGACACUGCUGGCCAGACUAACAUUUAUUCCGUUGAGCCUGCAGUUUAUGUAGCAGAUAGUGCAAUAAGCUCCGGAACUGCAGGUUCAUCCUCCGCAGGAGCUGAGAACACGGCAGCAAUUGCCAGUGGUCUCGCCCUCAUCUCCAUAGCCGCAGCUUCAUCAAUACUUCUCCAAGUUAAUAAGAGCACCCCGCCACCGCUGCAGACAGCCGAGUACAAUGGGCCAUCGCUCACUUACUAUAUCAACAAGUUUAAGCCACCGGAAAUCGUCGAAGCUUCAGUACCAAGUGAAACUGAAUCAUCCUCACCGGUCCAACCGGAAAUAACUGCCCAGGAAGCUCCACAGAUUCAGGUUCAGUCUGAAUAUCCAGUGCCAGAGCCUUCAACUUAGAGUAUAAACAGCGUUUCUUAGGCAGAUUAUAUAAGUUGGUCGUAUUGAUCGCUCGUUAAACUUAUUGUAGAUGUUUCUUUCAUACCACUGGUGCAUAUUUUUGUUAUGGUAGUCAGGGUUUAUAAUCAAUACAUCUUCUGUGCUGGUUUUGUAAAGCAGAAAUGAACCUAAAAAUUGGGAGAUUAUCAAUGAAAGGUGUAAGUUUUCAAAAAUUA